AUGCCUUCGGUAUCGCUGAAUGACGAAGAGGCGGCGUUGGUAGCGCCUCUGCCUCAUGCACUCAUUGAAUUUCUCGCCAAGGAACCCAAGAAUACUUUGACUCGCUUAUACCAACGACCGUCUUCAUGCCUUGCAAUAUUUCGGCUUCUUUCCCCCCUGGAACGCCAAAUUGUUAUGAAUCUUUUGUGGCUAGAAUCAGCAAUACCUCCCUCGACCAUGGCGGCAUGGGUAGUCCGUGAACAUAAAAAACUGUAUGAUGACGCUAUGGAGGCCCUGACGGACCUCAACAUCUUGCCCAACUCUAUUGUGAAACUAGCAUUGAACGCGACAUUCAAGACCAGUUUUAGACAAGCGAUAACAGGCGGAGGUGCCAGUGGUAGUUUUGGCGUGCCAGCGGAGAAGGACGAUAAACGGCCACCCUUUGACGUCGAUUCUCUUGACGGAUACGCCUUAGAGCGCUGGGAGACUAUUCUUCAUUACAUGGUGUCCUCUGGUAGCGGCCAGAACCCUGCUUCGCCUUCACCCGGUGUCCUCUAUUUGUUGCAAAGCAGCGGUCUCAUGGCAUCUCAACAAGGUGCCGCGCUUCGUAUUACAUCGAAGGGUUUCCAGUUCCUCCUUUACCCCCCUCACGCUCAGCUCUGGCACCUAUUACUGCAGUAUCUAGAAAUGGCUGGUCAACGACACAUGGACCUGGUCGAAGUCCUGAGUUUCUUAUUUAUGUUGUCGACCAUGGAGCUCGGCCGAGAAUACUCGAUUGAGAAUCUUUCUCAGACCCAAAAGGCCAUGCUCGAAGACCUUCGGGACUAUGGCCUCCUGUGGCAGCGUAAGCCUUCAUCUCGGCGCUUCAGCCCCACACGCCUCGCGACCACCCUAACAUCAUCUUCUCCUCCACUGCCUACGUCUGCUGGAACAAGCUCCGGUCCCAAGGAUGGUUUUAUUGUGCUUGAGACCAAUUAUCGCGUCUAUGCAUACACAGAUAAUCCCUUGCAAAUUGCCGUUCUUAACCUUUUCGUAUCCCUGAAAUACCGGUUUCCUAACCUUGUGGUCGGGUCUAUCACUCGUGAAAGUGUUAAGAAAGCUCUUACGAACGGCAUUUCCGCAGAUCAGAUCAUCAGCUACCUGGUGACACAUGCGCAUCCCCAGAUGCGCAAAAAUGUACCUUCCAGUUUCCCAAACCCACUACUUCCUGUGACGGUACAAGAUCAAAUCCGCUUAUGGGAGUUGGAAAAAAAUAGGCUUAAGUCUCAAGAAGGAUGUUUGUAUACAUCUUUCACGUCUCAAGCAGAUUACGAGCUCGUCCUGAAAUACGCUAAGCAGCUCGAUGUCGUACUAUGGGAGAACGCUGCCAAACGAUGCUUUUUCGGCAGCUUGGAGGGGCACGCCAAUAUCCGUGAAUUUAUUGAAAGAAGAAAACAGAGCCAGAUGGAUAGUUGA